AUGAGCACCUAUCUCUCGGCCAGCUCCGCUUUGGAGGAUUUCUUCUGGCACCUGCUCGCACAAUCCGGAAAUGGAAUGCUUGCUGUGGCCGAUUAUCUCGGCGUUCACCCCAUGCAUCUUGGCCUAGAGAUCUUUUUCGGUCUGGUGCUUAUCUACUUCGUUUUCCAAAAGAGCUACAAGAUCCCCAAGCACGAGCCGGAACGUCUUACGGACAGGGAAAUUGAUCAACUGGUGGCCGAGUGGAAUCCUUCGCCUCUUGUGCCCAGUCUCAACGAGUAUCAGGAGUGGAAUGAAACGACGAUCCCAACUCUUGCGAGCGCUCCCUCCGCUGUUGUAGAGCUCGAGGGUGGCAACAAGGUGCUCAACUUCGCCAGCACUAACUUCCUGGGCAUGGCCGAGGACCCUGAGAUCAAGCAAACGGCAGUGGCUGCCCUGCAGACCUACGGUUGUGGUUCGUGUGGCCCUCGCGGCUUCUACGGCACCAUGGAUGUGCACCUGGAGCUGGAGAAGACGAUCGCCGAGUUCAUGCAGACCGAGGCGUCCAUCGUCUACUCGUCUGGUUUCGCCACCAUCGCCUCCGUCAUUCCCGCCUUCUCCAAGGUCUACGAUGCCAUCAUUUGGUACGCGCUUCCACCACCACGGCGAGCGCCGCAGUGCCGCUCACAGACGUAUCUGGGACGAAUGUCAUGCAGCGACCAGGGCGUAUCGCAUGCCAUUCAGGUGGGCGCGCUGCUCUCGCGCAGCAAGGUGUCCUAUUUCAAGCACAACGACGUGAAGGACCUGCGGAAGGUGCUCGAGGAGAUCAAGCAAGACGAUGCCGCCAAGAAGAAGAAGGUCUACCGCAAGUUCGUCAUCAUCGAGGGCCUCUACUACAACUACGGCGACAUUGCUCCCCUUCCCGAGAUCCUCAAGCUCAAGGACGAGUUCCAUUUCCAUCUCGUCAUGGACGACUCACUCGGCAUCGGCACUCUCGGCGCCAAUGGACGGGGCUCGUGCGAACACUGGGGCGUCCCUACCAACAAGAUCGACAUCCUCACCGGCAACCUGGGUCACUCCGUUGGCUCGCUCGGUGGUUUCGGUUGCGGCAACAAGACCGUCGUCAACCAUCAGCGUUUGAAUGCGUCGGGCUACGUGUUCUCGGCCUCGUCUCCUCCCUACCUCGUGUCGUCCGCUAUCAAGGCCUUCUCCCUCAUUCAAGAGAAGCCCGAGCUCCUCAAGAAGCUGAAGAAGAACAUCGCCAUCUUCCGCAAGGAGAUCGGAGACAUUCAGGAGUCGGGCAUUGUCUUGAGCACGCUCGCCGAGGCGCCCAUCGUUCACCUGAAGCUCGCCGAGCCCAGCGGCGACAGGUUCGAAGACGAGAAGACCCUCCAGGCCAUCGUCGACGAAGCCCUCGAGCAGGGUAUCCUCUUGACGCGUUCGCAGUAUGUACAGUCCGAGAAGUUCCUCCCGCCGCCCUCCAUCCGUGUGGCCAUCUGCGCCACCCACGAGGAGAAGGACGUGGUCAAGGCGGCGAAGAUCGUCAAGGAGGCCGCCCACAAGGUCCUCUCCAGCAAGCACUGA